UAACAUUUUUACUCUGCCCCUCUGUCCAGUUCUCCAGCAUCGGAGCAUAUCAGGACGAAUGCUGGAUUUGGUCUAAAAAAAACGACUAAAUAAUAAAUGUCUAAAAAAUGCAUAAGUGUUUGUCGAAAAGAUAAGGAUCAAAAGUAAAGUACAAUUAAUCACUUCUGAAUUGGGCGAAUAAACUUUAAUCAUAUCGGGGUGGUACUGUUAGUUAGUUUGUAUUUACAAUGGGGUUUUGCGUAUAUUUUCGCCGUACGUGGACACCGGGCUAUAAUACGGAAAUUAUUGACCCCAACCUAGCCUACAGUUAUCAGAAGAAGCUCGACUUUGCCAAGAAAGUUGCGUGGUGGGUUUUUGUUACCACGCUUAUCGUUUGUGUCAUCAUUCUUCUCACCAGGUUAGUCUCCUCCUCGGCGAAUGAAAAAUUGUGCCCUACAGCAACAACUGCCGGUCGUUCUUACAGGGCUGCCGAUACGACAGAAGGCAGUGGGCUAACUCUGGAACUUAAGUCCGAUUUGCCAGACUGUGGAGGAUUUCGUUGUAAGGAUGGAACUUGUGUGAAAAGCCGUCACAAAUGCGAUGGCACCGUUCAUUGUGGGGACGCCUCAGACGAGACUAAUUGUACGUGCUUGGAUAGAGUUGGAUCCAAGAAAAUCUGCGAUGGCCUUGAAGAUUGUCCCAAUGGAGAAGAUGAACUAGGGUGUGGCUUAGGUUGCAAAGAGGAUGAAAUGAGUUGCUCCACCGGCAGAACUCUUGCUUCCCAUUGCAUAAAAAUUUCACAAAGAUGUGACGGAAUUAUUGACUGUUUUCCAACCCACAGUGAUGAGAAUGAAUGUUUCCGAGUUUCUACCUUAGAUCCCAAGACACGAGGCGUUGUUAGCUCUGGAAUUCUUCAAAAGCGAAUAGGAAAUGAUUGGCAUACAGUUUGCAAGUCUUCUGGUUCGGUUGAACACCAAUUGGUUAAAAAAUAUGCGAAAAAGACAUGUGACAUUAUCGUAGGGAACGUGAAUGAAGACCCAAAAAUAAAGACAAUAAAUGCACAUGACUUUGAAGGCGUGGAGCGACUUACAUACAUCAUCAAACUGGAGGACCAGGAAUCGAAAUUUAAUGCUUCAGCGUCAUGUAAUUCAGGAAAACUGUACCACAUCAGCUGCCCAGAACCUGCGUGUGGUUGGCCAGUGACGAAAUUUGACAAACCUCUACUAAAUGGGACUAUGCAGUUCGUUGUUGGUUCUAAUCAUUCCAGCAAUGAAAGAAACAACAACGGCGAUCUGACAACCAAUCCAGUUGGAGGAUAUGACAACCAUUUUGGAGACUGGCCAUUCAUUGUGGGAAUUUAUCGAAACGGGACUUUUCACUGUGGAGGCAGUAUAUUUAACAAAGAAUGGCUCCUUACGGCGGCCCAUUGUACUCAUGGAUUUGAAAAGUACGUGUUUGAAGCACAAGUUGGAAUGCUUCGGAGACACUCAUUUUCACCCAAGGAACAGACUCGUUUCAUUUCCGAAAUUCAUGUUCACGAACGUUACGACUCGAAGAUUUUCAUGAAUGACAUUGCACUUAUGAAGGUUGAUGUCCCGUUCUUUUUUUCAAAGUGGGUGACCACGGCCUGCCUGUCGACUGAUGUAAGUCAAGAUCCAUUGGCAGGUCACGAAUGUACAGUGAUCGGUUGGGGAGACUUGUCAGAGGAUGGAACUGGUCCUGACCAUUUGCAAGAGGUCAAACUUCCAGUAUUGCCAAAGUGUUUGGGAACAUUUACCAAAGAUAAUCUUCAGAUUUGUGCUGGUGUGUUAGAAGGAGGAAAAGAUGCUUGUCAAGGCGACUCUGGUGGACCACUGAUUUGCACCAACGACGAAGGGCGUCUAAUCGUUAGUGGACUUGUCAGUUUUGGACGAGGAUGUGCCCGACCUGAUCAAGCCGGCGUUUACACACGAGUCAGUGCUUACACGACUUGGAUAGAAAAUGUUACUGCUGGAAAUUCGAAGCAAACAAAGUUCCCCAAGGAAUGCAAUGCAAAAUGUGACCGGGAUGGGGGAGAAUGUCUAUUUCCAAAAUAUAUGUGCGAUGGACACGUCAACUGUCUGGCUGCUGAAGACGAAAUGAAUUGUCAGUUCCGAAGUCGAGCAUCCUCCACUGACGACGCUGAUGAAGAAGCUUACGACGAUAUCAAACGAACUGCUCAUGCCACCAAAGAACACAAGCACGAAUAUGGAUCCGCCAAAUUAUGUGGCCCCACAGAGUUUCAGUGCAAAACGACACAAAGCUGUAUUCCGCUAGAGUUGAAGUGCAAUGGGAAGUUUGACUGUAUGGAUAACACUGAUGAGAAACAUUGUGACUGCGGAAGCAUUUUGCAAAAUUCUCAUCCUCACCUAGUUUGUGAUGGAUUGCAUCAUUGUGCAGAUGGUUCGGAUGAGGUGGACUGUUCCAGCAGAGCUUGCAAUGGGACCAGUGGAAAAAUCAAGUGUCCUUUAUCUGAUUUAUGUAUCAGUGUUUCGAGAUGGUGCGAUGCAUCCGUUGACUGUUCAUUUGGCGAAGAUGAGAUUGACUGCGUUCGACUAAUGAAAUCACGAGGGAAACUGCCUGACCAUGAAGGAUUUCUGGAAGAUAAGGUUUCUAGGGGGUUGCAAUUUGGAUAUGUUGUUACUCGCCAGUCGGGAACAAAGUGGGGAAUUGCGUGUAAGGAGGACCUGGGUAAUUCAAUUGGAGAAAGUGUCUGUCCCACUUUAGGACUUAUUCCGUCUGAUCCAGUUUUAACUCGAAAUGCCCGAUCUAUGGCUGAUGAGUCGAAUGCCGUAGCGAGAAAGAAACGAGGGACUUCUGAUGCGAAAUGUCAACAGGGGAAAGCAAUUUGUGGAGAGGAAAGGACGUGCGGAAUGAGGAAGUUGUACUUGAAGGCGAACACUAAUUUUCCGAAGGCUGAUCAGACCGGGGCUUAUCCUUGGGUGGCCAUGGUCAUGUUGGAGGGCAACCCCAUCUGUCCUGGAACACUUGUGAACAAACAAUGGCUUUUGGCUUCGUCAAAAUGCAUUGACGAUAAUGUUCGAUCAACGUCGACGGAAUAUCUUUCAGCUACGACAGGUUUCUUGAAGACCAGCAGCGUUGUUACCAGCACGACGGAGCAGGUGAAACGUAUUAAUUCCGUGAUCAGAUUGUCGACUGGCCUUUCUCUCCUUCGAUUGGAAAAUGCAUUCACCCCCGACCAUUUCACGACUCCAAUAUGCUCCACUCCCAGCUUAAAAGAAGAUGGAAUCAUCCCAUCUUGUGUACGUGUGGAAUUAAUCAACGGUACAUUGCAUGAAAGCAGUGUAACGAACGAUCCUGCUUGUGAAGCGUUUGAUCACCCCUGUCUUAGAUUUACUGGUGACAAGUGCAAGCUUUCUACGGAGUAUUUUGUUUACUGCACGGUAAAUCAGUCAUCGUGGUUUUUGCUUGGAUAUGCCACUGCUGAAAAUGUCGCCAAAUGCACCGAAGACGGAAAGUUGAAACUGGAGAAUCCAUUUUACGGAACUGAAGCAUCAGAAACACUACAGCUUCUUAGUCGACCUGUUUCGACGGUGAUACAACCUCCAGGAUGCACCGGAACCCGUUGUCCGGUUGGAAACUGUGUGGGGAAUAAAUUUGUAUGCGACGGAAUUGCCCACUGUCCGGAUGGUUUGGAUGAGCGCAGGUGUCAACGCCAUUAUCAAACGCUGUUACGAUCGCAUGAUGUCGAAAAUGAAGACGAUUAUGCAAGUUAUGCAAAUGCAACUUGUCCAUUGGGUCAUUUUAAGUGCAAAAUGACAGGGAAUUGUGUCCCUAUUUCGGCCUUCUGCGAUGGAGCGUAUGAUUGUGGGUAUGACGAUUUUUCGGACGAACCUGAAGAGCACUUAUGCACUUGUAAGCACUAUUUGGAACUGGCUGCUCCAGGAACGCUAUGCAAUCCAAAUGGAGAAUCGACAUGUCCCGAUCGAAGUGAUCAGCUUGGGUGUCCGUGUCAGCCUGACUCAUUCGUGUGUAACUCAAGAUCUUCGUUCCCAACGGAAUGCAUCCAUAAAAAUUUGGUGUGUGACACGAUCAAAGACUGUUCCAACGGCUUGGACGAGGCGUUCUGCACAGCAGUUUCCACUUCUCUAGAGCAUCUCUCUAUGGACAGGAGUAAAAAAAGAUUGGAGGGGUACGUACUGGUUCGGGUGAAAGGAUCUUGGCAUCCAUACUGCACCGAUUUAUUGUCAAUGGAAAUGGGAGAAAGAAUAUGCAAAUUUCUGGGCUACCCUGUCAUUUUGAGCUUAGAGAAUCAUAAAGUGAAUGAUUUGAAGCAAAGAAGACCGACCUUGGGAAGAGGCAAUGAAUCAUCAAUUCAGGACAAGAGCCAUGAAACGCCGUUACUUUUGUUUCUUAAAAGUUCUCCAAGGUUUGAUACUGGGCCAAUUCAAAAUAUCAUCGACACAAAAAUAAAUGCAGUAGAGUACAAUUGUAACGUAGCCUUUAUAACAUGUUCCAAACCUUAAGUAAAUUGUUUCGUUGUGAAUCAGAGUAACUGGUAGGUAUAUUUAUUUGUAUGUUUUUCAACUUAGGUAAACUAUCUAUCUAAUAAGAUUUGUUAAAUAUUUAGAUAACAUUUCCAAAUUUAGACUUGGUUGCAAUCAGCUAAUAAAAAAAUUGUGAAUUA